ACAAAACAAAUAAAUUUAACUGAUAAUAUAAUGAAAUAAUCAAUGUGAUGACAUUUAGUUUAGUACCUAUGUGAUGUCGAGAAUGGGCAAAUUCUUCAAGGACCCACUGAUGUUUGAUCCAGACAGAUUUCACCCAGAUGCACCCAAGCCUUACUACUGUUAUUAUCCCUUUUCCUUGGGACCACGCUCAUGCCUGGGACAGAACUUUGCUCAGAUGGAGGCUAAGGUGGUGAUGGCCAAACUGCUGCAGAGGUUUGAAUUCAAUCUGGUCCCAGGGCAGAGCUUUGACAUCCGGGACGUUGGAACCCUCAGGCCAAAGGAUGGAGUAAUGUCCCACAUCAAACACAGAAAUCUCAGCAAAGUAAAAGAAUGACCAUACCGUACGAUAAGAUGACAAGAUCAGAUGAGAUAAAACGCUGAAACUGGCUUUUUGCACUAACAGAUUGGAAGUGGAUACAGCAGAGCAAAAUAACAAUGUAAAGAUCAACAAAGAAUAGAUUGCACAAAUGUAUGCAAAUCAGAAUUUCAGCACUGGAUCAAGUAAAUUUCAGGGUUUAUAAAAACUAAUUCAUAGCAGAGAGACAGAUGCUAAGGAAUUUUAUGUUGUCUUUCUUUCAUAUUCCAAUGAAGUCUUCAACACAGUAGGCCAUAUAAUUUUACUGCGUUGCUUGAGAAACCAGGUUUUUCCUCACAGGUUGAGGGAACCUUUUCUAUUAAGACUGGCGACUCGUCCUCAGCAGACAAUACAUAUUUGUUCCCACUGGGGUGCAGUCUUGGCCCCGUGUUAUUCUCCAUUUACAUGAUGCCACACCGACAUAUUAUCUGCAAACAUGAAUUUUAAUUGUAAUGCUGAUGACACACACUUAGGAAAAAACAGGGGCUUCACUAGCAGUGAAGCCCCUCCUACAAUUCAAUUGCACUGAUUGACCGUGAAUCAGGCGCUGUCUCUGUAGUUAUAAAGACGGUGACAAGAGUUUUAGGUGUAAUUUGUGAUGCUAAGUUGAGUUUCAGAGAGCAGAUUAAAGUGGUUCAGCUGUGUGUCUUUCAUUUUUAUUGAUCUGGAGAGUCACUCAUACUUUCUGUCUCCUCCAGUUAGACCACUUCAGCUCCCUGUAUCUCAGCUAAAAUCCACUCAUUUUGAUUUAUUGCUUUUCCUGAUGAAUUUUCGGUCAUUUGUUAAGUGCUUUGUAGCUGUGUUUUGAAACGUGCUGUUUGUCUUGUAAUGUUAUUGAUUGUAUUUUUAAUCAUAUCUAUUGUAAUGAAAUGCACUACUUAUUAACAACAUAGUUAUCCUUCAUAUCAUGUUUUACCUUUUCCUCUUGUUAUUACCAAUAUAAACAGUAAUAAGGACAUGGCAGUGAUUUGAUGGACACUCUUAUUCAAAUUAACGUUUUCACACAAAUCAUCAAAAUACACUACAGCUGAAGCUUACUGACAUUGUUUUGCCAGUUUUCUUUCAUGUCUUUAUUUGGGGUCGUUAUAGCGGUGUGACCGUAAGGUGGCAGUGUAACUUACCAAAGAAAUCCCAAACACACCUGUUCACCUUGUAAAAUGUGCGCUGUUUUUCUUUUAGCAGUCUAAUAAAACACUCAGAGAUGAUUGUGCA